UCCUCUUCUUUCAUCAGCCACGAGAGUCUCCACCUCCUCUCCACCUCCUCCUGCUCUCUACCUUCUCCUCCUCCACCUCCUCCAGCAGCGGACCAGCUUCUCCUCGGUGCGGGAACCAUGUCAGACCCAAUGAGCGACUGCACAGCCCGGCUCCAGCAGCAGGAGCAGGAGAUCAAGAUUCUCUCUGCAGAGAUUGAGGGUCUGAAGAACCCUCAGAACCUGGGUCCGUCUCCUCAACUGGACGAGCUGCGCGAGGAAAACGCCAAACUGAAAUACCGACUCAACAUCCUGAAGAGGAGUCUUCAGGACGACCGGAGUUGCUGCAGUAAAUCCAUGAUGAACAUCAACCUGCUGCUUCAGGAGGUUUUCGGCGAGGCCAUCCGAGCUUCCUGUCCUGAGCUGGACAACCCCCCGCUCGUUGUCACGCCAAACCAGCAGGCCAAGUUCGGAGACUACCAGUGCAACAGCGCCAUGGCCAUGGCUCAGAUGUUGAAGGCGAAGGGAAUCAAAAUCAGCCCGAGGGAAAUCGCAGAGAAGAUCAUCCAGAAUCUUCCAGACAACGAACUCAUCCAGAAAACUGAAAUCGCAGGACCAGGUUUCAUCAACAUCCACCUGAAGAAGACGUUUGUGUCCAAACUGUUGAGCAACCUGCUGGUGAACGGAGUUCAGCCGCCGCCGCUCGCCUCCAGGAAGAAGGUGGUGGUGGACUUCUCGUCUCCUAACAUCGCCAAAGAGAUGCACGUGGGUCACCUGCGCUCCACCAUCAUCGGGGACAGUAUGUGUCGAAUGUUCGAGUUCCUCGGCUACGACGUCCUCAGGUUGAACCACGUUGGAGACUGGGGGACUCAGUUUGGGAUGCUGAUCGCUCACCUGCAGGAUAAAUUCCCAAACUACCUGACUGUCUCCCCGCCCAUCAGUGACCUGCAGGCCUUCUACAAAGAGUCUAAGAAGCGCUUCGACGAGGAGGAGGACUUUAAGAAACGAGCGUAUCAGUGCGUCGUCAGGCUGCAGAGCAAAGAGCCGGACUUCAUCAAAGGCUGGAACCUCAUCUGUGACGUCUCCAGGAGAGAGUUUCAGAAAGUUUACGACUGCCUGGACAUCAAGAUCAUCGAGAGAGGAGAGUCGUACUACCAGGACCUGAUGACGCAGGUGGUGAAGGAGUUUGAGGAGAAAGGCCUGACGCAAUUCGACGAGGGUCGUAAGAUCAUCUUCGCCCCGGGUCAGUCCAUCCCCCUCACUGUCGUCAAGUCAGACGGCGGCUACACGUACGACACGUCCGACCUCGCCGCCCUGCACCAGCGACUCUUCGACGAGAAGGCCGACAUCAUCAUCUACGUCACGGACAGCGGGCAGGCCACACACUUCCAGGUGGUGUUUGCUGCGGCGCAGAUGAUUGGCUGGUACGACCCUCAGGUGACCCGGGUGGAGCACGCAGGCUUCGGAGUGGUGCUGGGAGAGGACAAGAAGAAGUUUAAGACACGGUCAGGAGACACGGUGAGGCUGAUGGACCUGCUGGACGAGGGACUGAAGAGGUCCAUGGACAAACUGAAGGACAAGGAGAGAGACAAGGUCCUGACUCCAGAGGAGCUGAUCAAAGCCCAGAGGUCCGUUGCUUUCGGAUGCAUUAAAUACGCCGACCUCUCCCACAACCGCAUCAACGACUACGUCUUCUCCUUCGACAAGAUGCUGGACGACCGAGGCAACACGGCGGCGUAUCUGCUCUACGCCCUCACACGCAUCAGAUCCAUCGCUCGACUCGCCAACAUCGACGAGGUCAUGCUGAGGGAGGCGGCCGAGACCACCGAGGUGCUGCUGGACCACGAGAAGGAGUGGAAGCUGGGAAAGUGCAUCCUGCGCUUCCCCGAGAUCCUCCAGAAGGUCCUGGACGACCUGCUGCUGCACACGCUCUGCGACUUCCUGUACGAGCUCGCCACCACCUUCACCGAGUUCUACGACAGCUGCUACUGCGUGGAGAAGGACAGACAGACAGGUGAGGUGAUCAAGGUGAACAUGUGGAGGAUGCUGCUCUGUGAAGCUACGGCCGCCGUCAUGGCUAAAGGCUUCGAAAUCCUGGGCAUCAACCCCGUCCACAGGAUGUGAUGUCAGAAUGACCCGCUCGCUCCACCCGCCUCCAUCUUUGUCCUUCUGCUUCCACGUUCACCAGAAACGGUGCAAAGAUUAAAAAAACUGGACUGAAGUGACCGAACUUUAUUUUCCACAGAAUCAAUUGUUUCUAUCCCACAACCUCGAAUUAAAUCUCCUGUUAAAGAUCUUUUUUAUUAAAGAGCCGAGAUGAAACCAAACAUCACAACAGUC